AUGGGUAAGCUCGGAAUUGCAAGGGAAACAAUCUGUCCUGAAGAGUCAUCGCCAAAAAAUGGCCAGAAGGUGGCCCACGCAACGUUGGAACUUCGCAGGAAAAUUUUCUUUGGACAACUAAAGUACCGCCGGAGAUUUUUCACUGGGAUUUGGUCGCCGGACAGUGACUACUCUUGUGGUAGUUGUAUUGUGAUUGAAGAUGCAUUAGCCGGAGUACAAGCUGCCAAAGCUGCGAAAAUGAGAUGUAUCGCUGUGACGACAACUCUGUCAGAAGAUACUCUAAAAGCAGCGGAGCCAACACUCAUCAGAAAGGAGAUAAGCAAUAUAUCAAUUGAAGAUAUCCUCAAUGGUGGUGGCUCUGGUAGCCAUAAUGUGAUGGUGCAGGAAUCCCAAUCCAUUAUUGAUCUAGCUGUUUCUUCCCCUGAAUCCAAUAGGACAGAGAGUAUUGCAGAUAAUUAUCCAACCAGUGGUGCUGUAUCUUCAGUUGGAGGGGUGCAGGUUACGAGACGCGAUGUUGUAAGAUAUGGAAGUUUAGGAAUUGCUGCAUCCUGUCUGCUCUUCACCAUUACAAACUGGAAGGCAAUGCAGUAUGCAUCUCCAAAAGCUAUCUGGAACUUGUUAUUUGGCACAGGCAGUCCUCCUUUUGAACAGAAAGAAGAUGCAUCCCGUUCGCAGAGGAUUCAACAAUUUGUAGACUAUAUUUCUGAUGUGGACGCCAGGAAAUCUACGGCUAUUGUGCCUGAGUUCCCAUCUAAACUUGAUUGGCUGAAUACAGCCCCCCUUCAGCUACGCAGGGAUUUGAAAGGAAAAGUGGUUCUUUUGGACUUCUGGACUUACUGCUGCAUUAACUGUAUGCAUGUACUGCCAGAUCUGGAGUUUCUAGAAAGAAAAUAUAAAGAUAUGCCUUUUGUUGUUGUGGGGGUGCAUUCGGCAAAGUUUGAUAACGAGAAGGACCUUGAAGCCAUCCGCAGUGCUGUAUUGCGCUAUGGAAUUACUCAUCCAGUUGUUAAUGAUGGAGAAAUGAAUUUAUGGCGGGAAUUAGGUGUAAAUUCAUGGCCAACGUUUGCUCUUGUCGGGCCAAAUGGCAAACUCUUGGCACAAUUAGCUGGUGAAGGUCAUAGAAAGGAUCUUGAUUAUUUAGUCGAGGCUGCUCUUCUGUUCUAUGGUAGGAAGAAGCUCUUGGAUAGCACACCCAUUCCCUUGCGCUUGGAGAAAGAUAAUGAUCCCCGCUUAUUAACAUCUCCUUUAAAGUUCCCUGGUAAGCUGGCAGUUGAUAUCCUCAACAACCGGCUAUUUAUUUCAGACAGCAAUCAUAACCGAAUAGUAGUAACUGAUCUAGAAGGAAAUUUUCUAGUCCAAGUUGGAAGCACAGGAGCAGAGGGUCUUCGUGAUGGUAACUUUGAUGAUGCCACAUUCAAUCGGCCGCAGGGUCUGGCUUACAAUGCGAAGAAAAACCUCUUAUAUGUGGCAGAUACUGAAAACCAUGCUUUAAGGGUCAUUGACUUUGUGAAUGAGACAGUACGAACCCUUGCUGGAAAUGGAACAAAAGGUUCUGAUUAUGAAGGAGGAGGAACUGGAACUGCACAGCUUCUCAACUCUCCCUGGGAUGUCUGUUUUGAACCUGAGAACGGAAUUAUUUACAUUGCAAUGGCCGGUCAGCAUCAGAUCUGGGUGCACGAGACAUCAGAUGGAGUUACAAGAGCUUUCAGUGGGAAUGGUUUUGAGAGAAAUCAGAAUGGUUCAAGCUCAACAAACACAUCAUUUGCACAACCUUCUGGGAUUUCAUUAUCACGUGAUCUAAAGGAGGCAUAUAUUGCUGAUAGUGAGAGUAGCUCCAUUCGGGCAGUUGAUCUAAGAACUGGAGGUUCAAGAUUACUGGCUGGUGGUGAUCCAAUAAUGGCGGAAAACUUGUUUAGGUUCGGAGACCAUGACGGAAUAGGCUCUGAAGUUCUUCUUCAACAUCCAUUAGGUGUUUUAUGUGGAAAGUCUGGCCAAAUUUAUAUUGCAGAUUCUUAUAAUCACAAGAUUAAGAAAUUAGAUCCAGUUAGUAGAAGGGUGACUACAUUAGCUGGUGUUGGUCAAGCUGGUUUCAAAGAUGGAGCGGCAGUGGCAGCUCAGGUUGGAAAGAGUUCAUAUAUCUUUUCUUACUUAUAUUGUGUCCUGGAUACUAGUGCUACACUAAUUGGCACAUAGACACUCGAUAACAUUAGCAUGGAAUUGAGUAACAGUAUCACCGCAUAGACCAUAUUAUUUCUCCAAAAUGAUGGACAUAAUAUGAUAAUAAGCUUCUGGAAGGUGAACGUUUUAAAUCUUUAGCAUUUUACUUGUUAAAUCUGUGGUUGCAUGUGUAAAUAACCUCUUUAGUUAUAAGGCCCUUGUUUUCUCAAAAAAAAAGUUAUAAGGCCCUUGUACAAGUGCAACAUCCCUUCACCCCUUUUUCU